AUGAGUCAAUUCCUCCCACGAAUUCUCCCCCGCUCUCGUUCCCUUCAAGUUCUCACUCCCCCACUACCUUCAAGUUCCUCCUUCAGGCAAUUCACCUGCUCGUCCGCCCUCCAGAAGAAAGCGAAAGCCCACCGGAACCCCAAGAUGGCCACCGUCAGCACCAAGACCGGCCAGGAGGUCGACCGCCUCACCCUCGACUCCAUGCUCCGUCGUCGCAUGUUCUACACUCCCUCCUUCGAAAUUUAUGGUGGUGUCUCUGGUCUCUAUGACUAUGGCCCUCCCGGAACCGCCUUGAUCGCCAACAUGACCGACGUGUGGCGCAAGCACUUCGUGCUCGAGGAGGAUAUGCUCGAGGUCGAUUGCACCAUGCUCACCCCGCAUGAGAUUCUCAAGACCAGUGGCCAUGUCGACAAGUUCGCCGAUUGGAUGUGCAAGGACCCCAAGACUGGCGAGAUCUUCCGUGCCGAUCACUUGGUGGAGGAGGUGCUGGAGAACCGCCUGAAGGGUGACAAGGAGGCCCGUGGCCAUAAGGUCGAGGUCGACGCUGAGAAGGAGGCUAAGAAGAAGAAGAAGUCCAAGGCUGCCCAGGCUGUCAAGCUGGACGAUGCUCUCGUCAAGGAGUACGAGGAGACUCUGGCUCAGAUUGAUAACUUCGAUGGUCCUGAUCUGGAGAACAUUAUUAAGAAGUACAACAUUCGCAACCCCGCUACCGAUGGCGAGGUCCAGCCCCCCGUCGCCUUCAACCUCAUGUUCCAGACCUCUAUCGGUCCCAGCAGCAACAUGCCCGGCUACCUUCGUCCUGAGACUGCCCAGGGUCAGUUCCUGAACUUCCAGAAGCUGCUCGAAUACAACCAGCAGGCUAUGCCCUUCGCCUCGGCCUCGAUUGGAAAGUCCUUCCGUAACGAGAUCUCUCCCCGCGCUGGUCUGCUGCGUGUGCGUGAGUUCCUCAUGGCUGAGAUUGAGCACUACGUCGACCCUGAGGGUGGUAAGAAGCACCCCCGCUUCGUCGAGGUCAAGGACGUUGAGAUGUCCCUGCUGGACCGCAACGUCCAGUUGUCUGGUAGCACCAAGACCACCACGAUGACCAUCGGCCAGGCCGUCGAGACCGGCCUCGUCGACAACGAGACUCUGGGUUACUUCCUGGCCCGUAUCCAGCUUUUCCUGACCAAGAUUGGUGUUGACCUGACCAAGCUGCGUUUCCGUCAGCACAUGGCCAACGAGAUGGCUCACUACGCCGCUGACUGCUGGGACGCUGAGCUUCAGACCAGCUACGGCUGGAUUGAGUGUGUCGGCUGUGCUGACCGCAGCGCCUACGAUUUGACUGUGCACAAGAACAAGACCGGUGCCCCGCUUGUGGUGCGCGAGACUCGCCCCGAACCCCUCCGCAUUGAGGAGUACCAGAUCGACCUUGAGAAGAAGAAGUUCGGUCCCCGCUUCAAGAAGGAUGCCAAGACUGUCGAGAAUGCUGUCGAGGCUCUGUCCCAGGACCUGCGCGAGAAGCUGUCUCUGGAUCUGGAGAAGGAGGGCAAGAUCGAGAUCGAUGUCGAGGGCGUUGGCUCCGGCAAGGUCGAGCUCGAUAAGGAGUUGAUCAAGAUUGAGAAGCGUACCCGCGUUGAGAAUGUCCGCGAGUACACUCCCAAUGUUAUCGAGCCCUCUUUCGGUAUUGGCCGUAUCAUGUACAGCAUGAUCGAGCACGUCUACUGGUCCCGUGCUGGUGACGAGGCACGUGGUGUCCUUUCCUUCCCUCCCGCUAUCGCCCCCACCAAGGUCCUACUGGUCCCCCUCUCGACCAACCCCGCCUUCAAGCCUCUGACCCUGAGCCUGACCACCAAGCUGCGCCGUCUCGGUGUCUCCACCCGCGUGGAUGACUCUUCCGCCAGCAUUGGCAAGCGUUACGCUCGUAACGAUGAGUUGGGUACCCCCUUCGGUAUCACCGUUGACUUCCAGUCUGUCAAGGACAAUACCUUUACCCUGCGCGACCGUGACUCCACCAAGCAGGUCCGUGCCAGCGAGGACGAUAUCCUCCAGGCCAUCAAGUCUCUCACUGAUGGCGAGGAGUCCUGGGAUGAUAUUGCCAAGCGUCUUCCUGAGUUCACUGGUCAGGAGUCCCUCCUUGACACGUCGCGUCGAUAUGAGAUCACCGAAGCCGUCGAACUAAACUUGUCGCGCGACGAAGACUCCGUGACGUCGCUGGCUGCGGCGCCGCAGAAUGACGAUGACGACCACUCCCUUAUUGCCCUGGCUGGUAUCAACAGCUCCCUCGCAGAGCAGAAGAAGAAUAACAACCAGCAUAUGCGUGCAUUCCGGUUCAAGGCACCACGGAAGGUACAGACAGACCAGGCCGUGACCAGCGCGGGCGCGGGCGGCCAGCAAACGAUCGAGGGUAGCAAAGAGAAGGAGGAGAAGAAGAAGGUGGAAGUGAUUCCUGGGUCAUCAGAAGCAGUUUCUCGUGCGUCUAUCUUCCGCACCAAGGGGCCUGGCUCAGAUGAUGCAUACCAGCGUAUCAUGAGGCUGUCGCCGUGGAAGAAGCAGCCCGAGGGCGAGGACACAGACAAGAAGAGCAAAGACACCCGCAUAGGAGCUAUUGCAACUGGCAUGGCCUCAUCUGGCGAGAUUGUUUUCUUCCGCGCGACUGGUUCUCCCAGCGAAUCCGAUGUGAUUGGCCGUAUUCGCCUUGGCUCCAACGAGGAAGCUGAGGAUGUGGAUUUCGCAGACCUCGAGCUUGACCCAGAGCAGAAGGAUGCUCGGGGGAAAUAUCGCAUGGCAUACACCAACGGCGUGGACGUGAUGGUUGGAGAGAUCUCAUCUUCCACCCGCUCCAACGCUGCCCCCAAUGUCCGCAGUAUCUACACAAUUCCUCUGCCCAGCAGCGGUGCCAAAGCCAUGCGGCCCAAGAUCCGCUCAUUACGCUUCAUCUCGACAAACACAAUCCUGCUCCUCCAAAAUGCCCCCGACCGUGGCGGAAGCGAGCUGGUCCUCAUCAGCGUCCCUAAAGACAAGAACCACAUCUCAGCCGUCCUCCGCCGACGCAAACUGCCCCGAAGCGUGAAGAUCGGCCUAGGCCUCGACGUCUGCCCACUCGGCACAAACCCAGUCGGCCAACAACAAACCAUCGUCGCAGCCAGCGGAAGUGACAACUCAAUCAACAUCUGGACUCUAGAAAACGGCCCAAAGAGAGGAUGGUCCCGAUUCAGACCCUACACAACCCUCACCGAAGUCCACCCCUUCUCAAUGACAAAACUCGUCUUCUCAACCUUCACCCCACCCGCACACCCCAUAACGCCAGAAGUCCUCCCCCAAAGAGUCAAACUUGCCUCAAUAAGCAUGGGAAAUACAGUCGUCAACAGCCCGCUACGUCCUCGUUCUCCCGGCCCCGCCGAAUUCUGGGAACUCAUGUAUUUCACGACAAUGUGUCUGAUCUCUUUCCUCGCGAUUAUGACUGCUUUGUACGCCUACGCGGAGAUUCGCGGCGGUGUUCCGCCUUUCCUUGGCUCGACGGAGUGGUUACCUGUAUCAUGGCAAAACUCCUUUGCAAACGAAUACGUCCUCCCACCAUUCGAGCAGCGCUCGUUUUUGGAUAAUUUCUUCAUUUCUGAUCCAAAUGCCAAUACAAAGGCGAAAACUCCCAUCCCAACAGCACAAACCACACCUGAAGAAGAAACUCAACUCGAACACGAAUUAUCCAGUCUAAAAGAUAUCCUCGACCGAGUACACUCAUCCGGCGCCGCACCAGCUGACAUCGAAUCUAUCUCCUCGCACGAAGUCUCCGUCAUCGUCCGCUGUACCGAGCACAAUGAUGCCGAGACGAGUAUUCUCGUUGAAACGGCUUCAUCCACGCAUGCGGAGAAGGUUUCUAAGAUGGAGGAGUUGCGCGCUUGGAAGGAAUUGAGUGAGUCUGAUCGGGAUCUUUGGAAGAAGAAACUUACGGAUGCGGGGAGGUGGACGGCGCAUCAGGGGGAGAGUGUGUUGAAGGGUGUUUUGUUUGGGGAGGUUUGUGGUGGGGUUGGACGGGUUGCUAGGGAUAGUUUAUAG